AUGCCGAAUUCCCUGAAAAAAUGGAUCAAGCGCAAAAUGUUCCCUAGAAAGAAGCAGAACUGCGAGCAUCCCCCACCGGCCCCGCCGUUUCGGACAGAAUGGCCCAACAUUUCAGCACCAAACGGAGACUUGGCAUCCAAUUACGGCCUGUUUCAAAAGCUCCCAGUGGAAUUGCGGCAGCAGAUUUUAGGCUACGCCUUUGGCAACCGGACUAUACACAUCCACCUGGAAUUCGGCUACCCGUUUACUCGCAAACAGCUCCCAGCUCGUAAAUCAAGUGGGGCCACCAACAGCCUCCGAGGCGGCAUCGUUCGCAACGACCGACGGCCCCAGCAGUGGCAGUGGUUCAGUUGUGUGUGUCAUCGCAGAGUUAUACGGCCCAAGGACGACAAUGAAUCGGUUGUGAAUGGGCACGCGGUUGAAGCUUGGGAAGACGCUUGCAUUCCGAGUGGUGUUGGGCAUCGAAGCGGGUACCGGCCGCCUUCUGCCGCAUUUUGCGAAUGCAAGUCCCCCGACCGAUCUUCCCAUGAUGAGUGCCUCCUAGGCGUUUUCGGGUGGUUGUUGGCCUCUCGGCAAGCUUACCUGGAUGGCAUGGACGUCCUGUUCCGGACCAACACCUUCCACAUCUCCAGCCUCCCACUCCUCCUCGACCUCCCGCAACUGCUACCCCCCCGGUACCUCCCCACCAUUACCUCCCUCGAGCUCCUCUGGACCUUUGCCGACCCCUCCCGUCUCCACGACUCAACCAUGACAUCCAUUUGGGACCGCCACAUCGGUACACCGCCCACGUCAGAGUCAGUUAUCGAGCCUACCAAGUUCCACCGGCUCUGCGACCUCAUCCCCACCACAUUCCCUCACCUUCGCCGGCUAUACAUCAGCAUGCAAGCCUAUCUUCCGCCGCCAGAUGGGAACGGUGGACCUGAUAUUCGGGGCGCGGUCGAAACGCUCUUCAUUCAUCCGAUCGAGGAUGUUUUCCGAACGUUGGGUCCUGCUCCGGGUAAGGAAUUUAGCCUUGCGAUACAGCAGGGCGGGUGGAAGGUCUUUGCCCAACGAUGGACAGAAGGGGAACCAGGGAGUGUGGAGCAGGUCGGUUGGAGGGAGAAAGUGUGGAAGCCUCUUGGCCUCGAGGAAGGGGCCGGCGGAUAUUGGCUGUGUUGGGGGUGGGACGAUUUUGAGGUGCUUGGGUCACAGUAUUGGUUGUACAAUCUCUGGGGGCUGGGAGUUGGGCUUGCAACGUGA